AUGGGGACCAAGAUCUUUCUCUUUGCGUUGCUGGCUGUGGCUGGAAUGAUCCUCCUCGCAGAUGCCCGGGUCUCUCGAAUCCUCGAAGAGGAGGUCUCCAAAUCCUCGUCCUCCACUUCCAGCUCCACCAAGGAGUACUCGGGCGGAGGCGCUGGAGGCACGCAAUCGGCUGGAGGAGGCGGGUACGGAAACUCCAAGGGAGGUAGCGGCUAUGGCGGAACUCCCAGCGCGGGUGGUGCCGGGUACGGGAGCUCCCAGGGCGGGGGCGGAUACGGCGGAACGCCCAGCGCGGGCGGCGCGGGAUACGGCAAUGCGGGUAGUGGCGGCGGGUACGGCGGCACCCCGGGCGCUGGCGGCGGUGGGUACGGAAACUCCCAUGGUGGUGGCGGCGGCGGCUGCUGGGGGCCGGUUUGUGGCGGAGGCUUUGGCGGGCCGAGCGGUGGCGGCGGCGGCGUCACGAUUGGCGGUGUUCCAAUCGGGUAUGGGUACGGUAAUGGGAAUGGCGGGUACGGAUAUGGAGGAAAAAAUCAGGUUAAAAGAUCCAUGGCAUGGAAGCGAUGCCAUGUGUCUUUGGUUAAAAAUGGCAGCGCUAGGCUAGGGUUCUUGGAGCUGGAAUCAUCUACGCAGCGGCGCCGAGUCGUGUAG